AUGAAUCUAAAUGAUUCAGAAAUUAUCAACAACGCCAGCAAGAACUCGGUGUUUUCUUGUUGGUACUAUCCAAGCUUUUCCUGGGAAUUCGGCGAAACCACAUUUCCUUGGGUAGUGUUUGGUAUCACAGUUUUUUCCUCUCCCGUUAUCGUCCUUCUGAACGUGCUAGAGAUUGCAGCCGUAUUAACGAGGAGACAAUUACAAAGAGCGUCGACCCUUCUGCUGUGCAGUAUGGCUGUUGUAGACGUACUAGUCGGUGUUGUAGCCAUGCCACUUGCUGCGGCUGUUGAUUUGUUAAUUGCUCAUCAGACCUUCCUUGACAAUGUCUGCGUAUUAGACUUCGUGGGUCUAACAGUGAUGUAUUGUGCAUCUUGGACCACUUUGUCUCACCUGACAGUCAUCGCUUGGGAAAGGUACGUGGCAAUCGUAAAAUGGAGGGAAUACAAAGUAAUGGUGACGCGACAACGCGUGAAGAAACUUACGAUACUCGCUUGGCUGCCUGCUGUAAUCGUAGCCACACGCUGCAUCGUAACAGCUGCUGGUGUGGAUGUCGAGGGAUUUGAAAAAUUAGCUAUAAUUCCGGGUAUUUUCUGGGGAGCUGCCGUAAUUCUUAUCGUGUGUUUUUACACUAGGGCUUACUUAAUAUUACGAAAACGAAAAGUAGAAAUGAGCCAAAAUUGUCAAGUGAGCAUUCUUGUUAGAGCGAAGCUGAACUCAAAAGUUGCCAAGACAACUGGUAUUAUUACUGGGACAAUAAUUUUUACGUUUCUGCUACCAGUAGCGGGUAUGAUUUUGGGACCCUAUUUCGAGGCCAUUCGGAAAGGCUCGGUCUUUCGAUUGAUUGAGACAGUCAUGCAGUUAAACUCUCUAGCAAAUCCAUUAAUAUACUGCUACAGGGACCGCAGCUUUCAAAAAACCAUUCUAGAGCUGCUACGAUUUAAGAAACCAGAAGCCAAUCAAGCCACUGGUGUCCUGAGAUUUGUUAGACGAAAGAAACUGUUUCGUUCGCAAGAAUAUGAAUUUGAGUACAAAAUGAAAGAAAGAGAUCCUAAUCCUUUAAGAAAAACGGCAUCCUUUCCUGAUGUAGCUGUGGUUUUAGUCGAUUUCGAUCUCGUUUCGUUUAGUGGAUCGAGAUUGUCAAGACAUAUGUCAGCUCCAUCCCUUGAUGUAAGAGGUGCACGGCGUUGGGAAGGUGAUCCACAAAGUGAAAAACUACCUUGCCCAGCCCCCGUGACAACAACAAUAACAGUCAACGAUCAACCUGGAAAUGCAAAGCACAGUGAUCCUAAAUCAACGCUAACCGAUUUCUGGCGGAGAAAAAUUCCAAGAUCAAAGUCUCAGCGAAAUAUUAGUGUACCAUCUGAAUUAGCCAGCGGCUGCCGAGACACACAAGACUUUUCUACUCCUAAAACGGAUUACAGAACAAUAGAAAAAUUUACCCCUCUGGGAAGAAGAGCAUCCUUUCCUUAA